UCGAGUAUCAUUCGUCUCUGUUUUAUUUACCUACAAUUCUGUUCUAAUCCUCCAUACAACAUAUGGUUCACGCGAACACGCAUUGAUGUUGAAUCCGGUGCUAUUGCAUGGCACAUUCACAACUCUUUCGACAGACUGCCUCAGCUAUAGGAUAUGUUACUCUCUUCCGGCAUAGAACAAUUUGCUGCCCAACUACUCGAUUUCAAUCCAACAAACCAAACUUCGUGUAUACGGAACCCACGAUGAGUGACGGCACAAGUUCAGCGGAAGAACGCGGCCCACCCCUCCAGUAUCGGUUGGUGGCAAAAUGCUCUCAAACCAAAGCCCGCGUCGGUGUGAUGUCAUUGAGACAUAGCAACGUUGACACUCCGGUAUUUAUGCCGGUUGGAACACAGGGUACACUGAAAGGAUUGCUUCCGGACCAGAUACUCUCACUUGGGUGUCAGAUCAUGCUGGGAAACACGUAUCAUUUGGGAAUGCGGCCAGGGACGGACAUACUCGAGAAGGCCGGUGGAUUGCAUAAAUUCAUGGGCUGGCCGCGGGCACUUCUGACGGAUUCCGGUGGCUUCCAGAUGGUGUCGUUGCUCGAGCUGGCAGAAAUAACGGAAGAAGGUGUUAAAUUUCAGUCACCUUAUGACAAAAGCGAAUGUAUGUUGACGCCGGAGCGGUCGAUGCAGAUUCAGAAUGCGAUCGGUGCCGAUAUAAUGAUGCAACUAGAUGAUGUGGUCAAAACAACUACCACUGGUCCGAGAGUGGAAGAGGCGAUGCAUCGGACGAUCCGGUGGCUCGAUCGGAGUAUAGCGGCUCAUGGGCGGGAUGAUGAGCAAAGCAUUUUUCCAAUUGUGCAAGGUGGCUUACAGCCCGAGCUGCGAAAGGUUUGCGCUGCGGAACUUACCAAACGGUGCACCCGAGGAUUCGCCGUGGGAGGACUCAGUGGUGGAGAGAGCAAGGACGAAUUCUGGCAAACUGUGCAUCUUUGUACGGACCUUUUGCCAGAGGAUAAACCACGGUAUCUUAUGGGCGUUGGAUUUGCUGCUGAUUUGGUGGUUUGCGUGGCUCUGGGAAUCGAUAUGUUCGAUUGUGUGUUCCCUACGCGAACGGCUCGUUUUGGCUGUGCACUCACUCGCCAGGGUCAGCUCAACCUGAAGCAACAUUGCUUCAAAAUGGAUAUGAGGCCAAUAGACCAAAAUUGUGACUGCUCAACAUGCAAGACGUAUACCAGGUCGUACUUGCAUCAUAUUGUAACGGUAGAACCGGUGGCGUGCAGUAUCCUUAGCAUUCACAAUGUUGCGUUUCAGCUCAAGCUUAUGAACGAUAUUAGGGAAAGUAUUAAAUCGGACACCUACCCAGAAUUCAUCCAAACGUACAUGAAAGAACGCUUCCCAGAUGACAAUGUACCCCAGUGGAUAAAGGACGCUCUUGCCGCGGUAAACGUGCAAGUUUAAAGCAAACAAGGAUUGUUAACGAUACUAGCCUCCUUAGGAGGGCUAGCUGAAAUAGUUUAUUUCUUACCACAUAACGGUAUCAUUAUGGUCAUAAAUUUACAUAAAUUCAUCCGAAUCAUUUCCUGCAUCAUAGUUGGUAGUCAUGUUUUCUGUUUUCAUCAGUGAGUUGUAGCUUCUCAAUUCGGCUUCCUCUCUGCGCCGCUUUUCCUCUUCCUUUUCCUUCUCGCGAACCGAUCGAUCCAAUCGUUUCUUGUCCGCUCGCUCGGCGGCGUCUCGUUUUUCUCGUUCCGCGCGGAAGUCCGGAUGUUCCUCGCGUUUUGUUUUAUUCAGCCGGUUCACUAUGUCGUUACUACGCUUCUCGAUGCGCAUCUUUCGCACCUCCUUAUCCUUGAAGAAGGAUACCUGGCCAACUUCCAUGGCAGGUGUUUUCUUGAGAUUCUCCCACAUAGUGUACACGAUGUCAAUGUUGUUCAUUUUGUUUCCGGUAAUACUGUUGGCCUUGACCAGUUGGCAGGCAUCUUCCAAAACUGCCGUAGGAAUGUCGUCCAAUGUUUGUCCCUGCGGUAUAUAAAUUUAACAAAAACCGUUGUAUAGCGCUGUGAAAUAAAAAUCAUCACUUACCGGUGCUAAUCGCAAAUAAACGUGGGCCGACGACACUUUGUCUACAUGGAACCAAACAUCUUCUGGCCAUCCCCAUUUAAUGAGAUCCUCAUCUGGAAAGAAGGAAACACAAAUCGUACAUAAAUCUUUACCAUUUCUUUUGUGAUUCAUGGCAACCGAAAAACUUACUUUCAUACUUAUCGAGACCCAUGAAGAGGGUCACCGGCGGUUGAACAACAUUGCUGGUGAAAUAGAAUACCAUCUCUUUUCAAAAAGGGAGACCGAUAUUCUUUGAGUCUCUGGAUGGCACCAGGUAUCGGCGAAAGGUUUAUCCUUGUUUUUUAAUUGCUAUCCUACCAAGUUCAGUCUUCGACGUCGCCUUUUCACAUGCUACGAAAUAUUUUAACAAAACGUCAAA